GGAUCUUCUGUCUAAUAGGCAAACAUGAGUCAUCUGAAGUUGUUUGCAGCCACUCUGCAGUGGCAUGGCAUGAAACUCCUGGAGAAGCAAGGUACAGCCAGAAGAUUGUUUUUACAUGGCCAACGGUACGUUUCAUCAGGAACCUCAGAACCAUUCCUGAGUGGGAGUAAUUCAAAUUAUGUGGAGGAAAUGUAUUAUGCGUGGCUUGAGAACCCUCAAAGUGUACAUAAGUCCUGGGAUUUGUUUUUCCGAAAUGCUAAUGCUGGCCAACCUUAUGACCCCCACCUACCGGAUCAGUUGGACAGAAAGGCAUCGUUCCUCCAGAGCCAUGGCCUGGCCCAGACCCCGGGUAAAGCUGAAAAGCUUGUUGAAGAUCACCUUGCUGUGCAGUCUUUGAUAAGAGCGUACCAGAUCCGUGGCCAUCAUGUGGCUCAGCUGGACCCUCUUGGAAUUCUGGAUGCGGACUUGGAUUCAUUUGUUCCAUCUGACUUAAUCACCACGAUCGAUAAACUCGGGUUUUAUGGUUUGCAUGAAUCGGAUCUGGACAAAGUCUUUCAGCUGCCUACAACGACCUUCAUAGGAGGAAACGAGAACAGUCUGUCUCUGCGAGAGAUCAUCAAACGGCUGGAGAAUACCUACUGCCAACACAUCGGCUUGGAGUUUAUGUUCAUCAAUGAUGUGGAGCAGUGCCAGUGGAUCCGGCAGAAGUUUGAGACGCCAGGAGUUAUGAAGUUUACUAACGAGGAAAAAAGGACUCUGCUGGCAAGGCUGGUGCGCUCAAUGAGAUUUGAAGACUUCCUUGCUCGCAAGUGGUCGUCUGAAAAGAGAUUUGGUUUGGAAGGAUGUGAAGUAAUGAUUCCUGCACUUAAGACAAUCAUUGAUAAAUCCAGUGAAAUGGGAAUUGAGUAUGUUAUAAUGGGGAUGCCUCACAGAGGUAGGCUGAAUGUAUUGGCUAACGUAAUCCGGAAAGAACUGGAGCAGAUCUUCUGUCAGUUUGAUCCCAAACUUGAAGCAGCUGAUGAGGGAUCCGGAGAUGUGAAAUAUCACCUGGGAAUGUACCAUGAGAGGAUCAACCGAGCAACAAACAAGAAAAUCACUCUGUCCCUGAUGGCUAACCCUUCUCACUUGGAAGCAGUUGAUCCCGUUGUGCAAGGAAAAACAAAAGCUGAACAGUUUUAUCGAGGGGAUACAGCAGGGAAAAAGGUGAUGUCCAUAUUACUGCAUGGGGACGCUGCCUUUGCGGGACAAGGAGUGGUUUAUGAGACGUUUCACCUUAGUGACCUGCCGUCCUAUACCACCAAUGGCACUAUUCAUGUUGUGGUCAACAACCAGAUUGGCUUCACCACAGACCCCCGCAUGGCCCGUUCAUCUCCAUACCCUACUGAUGUUGCUCGGGUGGUCAAUGCUCCCAUUUUUCAUGUCAACGCUGAUGACCCCGAAGCAGUGAUGUAUGUGUGCAGUGUAGCUGCAGAAUGGCGAAACACGUUCAAUAAAGAUGUGGUGGUUGACUUGGUUUGUUACCGUAGGAGAGGGCACAAUGAAAUGGAUGAACCAAUGUUCACCCAGCCUCUAAUGUACAAGCAGAUUCAUAAGCAGGUGCCGGUGCUGAAGAAGUAUGCUGACAAACUGAUUGCAGAUGGGACUGUGACACUGCAGGAGUUUGAGGAAGAAAUUGCAAAGUACGAUAGGAUAUGUGAAGAAGCAUAUACUAGAUCUAAGGAUAAUAAGAUCUUACAUAUCAAGCACUGGCUUGAUUCACCUUGGCCUGGAUUCUUUAACAUGGAUGGAGAACCCAAGAGCAUGUCUUGUCCUCCGACUGGCAUUUCAGAAGACCUGCUGACUCACAUUGGCAAUGUAGCUAGUUCAGUGCCAGUCGAAGACUUCAAAAUACACGCAGGACUCUCUCGGAUUUUGAGAGCCCGCCUGGAAAUGACCAAGAACAGGGUUGUCGACUGGGCCUUAGCAGAAUACAUGGCUUUUGGCUCUUUCCUGCGGGAAGGGAUCCACGUCCGGCUGAGUGGACAGGAUGUGGAGAGGGGCACGUUUAGCCAUCGUCAUCACGUGCUUCAUGACCAAGAAGUGGACAAGAGAACGUGUGUUCCCAUGAAUCACCUCUGGGAGCAGCAGGCCCCCUACACCGUGUGCAACAGCUCCCUUUCCGAGUACGGUGUCCUAGGUUUUGAGCUCGGCUUCGCUAUGGCCAGUCCCAAUGCCCUGGUGUGCUGGGAGGCCCAGUUUGGCGACUUCCACAACACGGCGCAGUGCAUCAUAGACCAGUUCAUCAGCUCCGGCCAGGCCAAGUGGGUUCGUCACAACGGGAUCGUCCUGCUCUUGCCACAUGGGAUGGAAGGAAUGGGUCCAGAGCAUUCUUCAGCCAGACCUGAGAGGUUUCUGCAGAUGAGCAAUGAUGAUUCUGAUGCUUAUCCAGAGUUCAGUGAGCAGUUUGAAGUUUCCCAGCUGUAUGAAUGCAACUGGAUUGUGGUGAAUUGUUCAACUCCAGCCAAUUAUUUUCAUGUCCUCAGAAGACAGAUCUUGCUGCCAUUCAGGAAACCGCUGAUUGUUUUGACACCCAAGUCACUGCUGAGGCAUCCAGAAGCUAAAUCCAGUUUUGAUGAAAUGGUGUCUGGCACCACUUUUCAACGUGUGAUUCCUGAGAAUGGGCUGGCAGCUCAGGCACCACAUGAGGUCAAGAGAGUGAUUUUCUGCACAGGGAAAGUAUACUAUGAUCUUGUGAAAGAGAGAAAGAAUCAAGACCUGGAGAAACAAGUGGCUAUAACCAGACUUGAACAGAUCUCACCAUUCCCCUUUGACUUGCUGAAAGAAGAACUUGAGAAGUAUCCAGGCGCUGAUCUGGUUUGGUGUCAGGAGGAACACAAAAACAGUGGAUAUUACGAUUAUGUCAAACCUCGUUUCCGCACUAUCGUCAACCACACUCGACCCAUAUGGUAUGUUGGCCGGGAGCCUGCUGCUGCAGCUGCCACAGGCAACAAGAACACGCACCUGGUGUCGCUCAGAAGGUUCUUGGAUACAGCUUUCAACCUGGAGGCCUUUGAGGGAAAGACAUUCUAGCUGCAGGGCACCCGCCCGUCUCUGACUAGGGGUCUCUCAAAUCACGGCAUCCAAAAGAGGAAAUAUUGGAAAUUAUGGAAACCGUGUAUUUUUGCUUUGCCAGAUAAAACGAUCCAGCAGCUGACUUCAUUAAUCUGCACCUUGCUUUCCAGUCUGCAAAGGGAAAAAAAAAGAAUUCCUACUUAGCUUCCACCAUUUUUCAUCACUUGUCUGUUUAGAUUGGGACCUCUUUGGCACAAGGAGAGUCUCGUGUCCAGGGGUGCAGUGUCUAGCUGAGUGAGGCUCCAAUCUCAGUCUGUAGGCACUUACUGCUAGUGAGUAGGCAUGGGCAGCACGGCAGUUAUACACAUCCCUAAAAAAGAAGAGAGUAUGUGUGAGAGCCACUAAGGACACAAAAUGCAUUGUUACAGGGAAGGUGGUUGACAGUUAUUUCUGGAUAUACUGAAGAAGAGUCAUGACACCGACAAGCGAAGAGUUAACAGGUGACUUUGGUAGAGAAAUGUACUGGCUGUGGGUGUUGGAAGGAGAUGGUAAGGUAGCCCCGUGAUGUGAGGAGGAGCCUGAAAUAGGAAGCCAGAUUACAAAGUUUCUAAACCAUGGGUGGUAACAAAAGUGGUGUGGACCACUUGGGUAUAAGGUGGAGGAGGAUGAUGAAGGCAGAAAUAAAAGGGACCAAGAAGAGUUUUGCUGGGGGUAGUUGAGGAGGGAAGAAGUCUACACAAGACAGAGCAGUGGGUGAUCAGCAGGAGAAUUCAGCAUUAAAUGACUUCAAAGGUAAGAGGUGACAGUGCCAAGUGCUCCCACUCCUCGGGCUGCCUGCUUUGACGCCCUGUGCUGUUGGGAGCUGCGGGGUCCUGCGAACGUCCCCGUUUUGGACCAACGCUCUUUCCCUCACCCAACUACGAGGAUCUGCUUUUCUCUGACCUGGUAGCACUUGUGUUUGGAUGAAAAAUCUGUGUUUGUGCAACAAGUAGUCAGCUCUCUGCUUUGUCCGGGGCUAAUCCCUGCCUCACAUCUCCUUGCUGAUAGUAAUUCAGCUCUGAAGUGACAAUUCCUGGUUUAGUCACCCUUUUUUAUGUUAAGAGGAAGGCGAGCAAGUAACAGUUGCUGAUUGACCAAAGGCACAUGCUGUGGUUUUGUACAAGCAGUGAUUGAAUUUUUUUUUUUUUUUGUCCCUUGUGUUUAUUUGUCAAUUAGGACAUCAACUGCCCUGUGCUUUCAGAAUGGAGAUAAAAGUGAAGCCCCUGGCGAGCUGGCUCUGUGUAAGGUGGCUGGGGUCCCGCGGGGGCUGGGGGGCAGAGAACAGUGGGGCCGGCAGUGCUGGGCUCCCUGGGAGGGCUCUGCUUCCUCCUCCUCCCCUGGGCACUGCUUUCCUCUCCCCUCCUAAUGCGAGAGCCGGUGUCAGAAGUCCUCUUCCCUUCGGGUCUGGGUGAACCUUGUGACUGCAGCUUUCUGGGCUGGACUGCGGUGGCCGGAGACUUUCCCUCCUUCCUGCUGCCUGGCAGAGGAGACUGCUCAGGUACCAGUGAGGGGUGUGGUGGGACACAGGGCUGGUGGUGCUGAGAGCAGGAAGCAGUAAGGAGUGUCCUGUCCCCCUGCAGCGCCCGGAGGGUUAUGCUGGAUCCUCGGGGCAGCCACUUCAAUGCAGCACAAGUGACUGAAAAACGUGUAGGUGAGACCUCCCCCCACCUCCCGCGCGUGGCCUGGGACAUACGUGUGCUCUUGGCAGGGAGUUUUACCCGGCUGUGACAGAAAAAGACUUGACAGUCGAUGCCCAGUUUAUAGUCAGGUGAUGCUGGGAAGCUGCUUGUCUCGUCAAAAUAAUCAGCCGCAUCAAAACCUUUUUGCUACGGUCAGGUGCUGCGUGUCCAAGCAGGUUAUCAGAAAGGGAUGUGUGUGCCUUAGGCUGUCCCUUUAUUUGGCCUGGCGACAACAUGAUGGUG